UUUCCGGCCAGCUCAGCGCGUCCAGAGUGUUGUCUGACGUGCUGUAAUCAUCCAGCAGUCACUAGAGUGGAUUGUAUGAGUGACAGCUAGGUAGACUUAGGUGAGGACAUCAGCUUGAAGAUGGUGUUGCUUACUAUGAUUGCCCGUUUGGCAGAUGGCCUCCCGCUUGCUGCCUCCAUGCAAGAAGACGAACAGCUCGGAAGAGACUUGCAGCAGUACCAGGCCCAGGCCAAACAGUUGUUUAGGAAACUCAACGAACAGAGUCCAAAUCGCUGCACUUUGGAGGCAGGCUCCAUGUCCUUCCACUAUGUUAUAGAAAAGGGGGUGAUCUAUCUAGUGCUGUGCGAGGCAGGUUUCCCUAAAAAGCUUGCCUUUGCGUACUUGGAGGACCUGCAGGCUGAAUUCCACGAGCAGCAUGGGAAGAAAGUCCCCACCGUGUCCCGACCUUACUCCUUUAUUGAAUUUGACACCUACAUCCAGAAGACCAAGAAGUCGUACAUCGACAGCCGAGCCCGUAGAAACCUGGGGAACAUUAACACAGAGCUUCAGGACGUGCAGCGGAUCAUGGUGGCUAAUAUAGAGGAAGUCCUGCAGCGAGGAGAGGCCUUAUCUGCUUUAGAUUCAAAGGCCAGCAAUUUGUCCAGCUUGUCAAAGAAGUACCGUAGUGACGCCAAGUACCUGAACACUCGCUCGACUUACGCCAAGCUUGCUGCCGGUGGUGUCUUCUUCAUCAUGCUCAUAGUCUACGUCCGUUUUUGGUGGCUCUGAAGAGGGGGGAAGAUAAAGGUGAAGACAAGAGUUCACGAGGAGGAUGACCCGACUGUAGGAGAAAUCGGUGACGCCCACGUCCAUCCAGGCUGUUUGAAAAGAAAGUCCCCUCUCUCUCUCAAAUAGAAGAAGAAAAGAGACUGAUUUACACACUAUCCUUUACUGUGCAGCAUACAUUUUUUUGUAAUGUAAUCAUUAUGGUUAUAGAGUUUUAUUAACAAAGCAGAAAUACCCUUUGUUCUUGGCUGAAGUGAUACGUGUGAGCGUGUGUGUGAGCGUGUGUGAGCGAGUGAGCGAGCGAGCGAGUAAGUAUGUGAGUAUGCUUGUGCACUUGUGUGUAUGUUUAUAUGUGUUUUGGAGAAAGACAGUUUCACUGCAGAGGAAACGUGUUGUGCUUUUCCUGUACUGUUUAAUCAAGAAAUGGUAUGACUGCAUCCCCACUCAACCGUAAUAUAUCAUACUGCAGCACUCUAUAACAUUCUUAACCACAUUUGCCCUAAGAUGACCUGAGGGAAAUAGUUGAUUCUUAAUUCUGUGCUUAUUGUCCCAAUUCUGCCCCAGUUGGCAGCCCAGACAAGAAUGGCUUUAAUGAACAAAUUGACUAAUGCAGUUCAAAGGUCACUCUGUCAUCAUCGGGCUAUGGUUGAGAUGAUCAGCUGACUGUACUCUUGCUUCCUGAGUAGGAUUGUUCAAUCAGAUUGUUUACACAACUGAAAACUCCAUGUACAAAGUACAGAUUUGGUUCAGGAUUUGCACAUCGGCUGUUUUAGGUUUGAGGCUAUGGAAGUCCUUCCUUCAAGUCCAGCUGAAAUAAAGUUGUCUGUCUGCCCAAA